AACCCAGCAUGGUACACCCUAUGUAGUAGACUUAUAAAGGGAACACGGAGCCGUUUUGAGUUCAGAAAUUGUUUCGCUUCUUGUGGGUGCAAAAAGUACGUUGUGCGCAAACGAAUCGACUCCUUAAGCUGGUUCGGAUCUGACCGUGUUUGGACAGACUGAGUAACUCUCAGGGUUUUAAUGUAAAUAAGUUUGUGUAUGUCUGCACUAAACUACACCUGACUGAGCAGUUUUGUGUGAACAAUGGCAACGCGCAUCAGACCGAGCAGUAAAAGAUGUGCUGUCAUUGGCGGCUCUGGCUUUUUGGGGAGGCACCUCGUGGAACGUCUGGUGGAAAAAGGCUACUCAGUGGCUGUGUUUGAUAUUUCACAGAGAUACCAGGUUCCUGGAGUCACAUUUCACCAAGGAGACUUGUGUGACAAACAGGCUUUGCUCAAAGUCCUGAAGGACGUGUCACUGGUGUUUCACUGUGCUUCUCCUUCACCGGCCUGUGAUGACCGACAACUCUUUUGGAAAGUUAACGUUGAAGGCACACGCACUGUUAUUCAGGCUUGCCAAGAGGCUGGGGUGCAGAAACUUAUCCUAACCAGCAGUGCCAGUGUGGUUUUUGAAGGAACCGACAUCAAGAAUGGAAAGGAAGAUUUGCCUUAUGCAAAAAGACCGAUUGAUUAUUACACUGAGACCAAAAUUCACCAGGAGAAGGUAGUCUUGGAGGCAUGCAGUAAAGAAAAAGAUUUCCUCACUGUGGCAAUUCGUCCUCAUGGGAUCUUUGGCCCGCGAGACCCCCAGCUUGUGCCCAUCCUUGUAGAUACAGCUCGCAAAGGCAAAAUGAAGUUCAUUAUUGGAGAUGGUACAAACCUAGUGGACUUUACCUAUGUGGAGAAUGUAGUCCAUGGUCACAUCCUAGCUGCUGAACAUCUGAAAGCAGAUUCCCCACUUUGUGGAAAGGCGUAUCAUAUAACCAAUGAUGAGCCGAUCCGUUUUUGGGAUUUCAUGUCCCAGGUGUUGAUUGGAUUAGGCUACGAUGCCCCUCGCUACCACCUUCCCUACUCUCUUGUUUAUGGAAUCGCCAUGCUGCUAUGGAUGAUCACCUGUCUACUGCGUCCCCUGGUCAACAUUAAGCCCACUUUUACGCCCAUGCGUGUGGCACUGGCUGGCACUCAUCACUACUACAGCUGUUGGCGUGCCAAGCAAGACAUGGGCUAUCAGCCAGUGGUGAAGCUGCAAGAGGCCAUAGCACGAACUGUAGCCAGUUACCCACAUCUGAGAAAAGAAGGUUAAUAUUUUAUAGGAGCUGCAGUGUGGACUGUGUGGAGUACAUUUUGGUUGAUGCUGAAUUGUUCCUGUUUAAAUGUGAAUAAAAAAAAAAAAUUACUUCUA